AUGAAAGCGAUCAAAACUUUGUCGCUAAAUCACUGGAUCAUCCUCGCUACGCUCUGCGUGAUGAUCCUCGGCGCGCCUUUGAGACACGCGCAUGAUUACAGCGUGUCUCACCCUGCCUUUUUCGAGAGCUACCAUAUGCCGCAUCGUAAUCUGCUUCGCCAAUGUGAGUUCUGCCUGAUAUGAACGCGUGCGAGGGAGGGCGCUCUGGAAGGCGGCUUUCGUGCAGGCGAGCUGAUAGAGAGCACAUUGGAACCCCAUUGUACUUCGCAGCCCCCUUGCGCCUACGCACGACCGAAGUGGAAAUGAGAUGGAUCGACGGGCGUCAUUCGACAAGCAGCAACUUCGCCAUCGCCAACGCCGAAACACUUGCCAGGCGUGCCUCUGGCUCCGCAUUCGGGUCCAGCUCUUCUGCUGCGCAUGGCUUCUCGGUUGCCAAACUUCCAUACGGACGCGUUCUGAUCUCGCGAGACUCCAACUCUAAAGACCCGUCCAAAGGAAGCGAAAACAAGCACAGUCAUGCUGAGACUACCAAGUCGAACGAGAAUCGAUUGUCGAGCACCGGUAAGAAACCCUCUCUUUCAAAGGACUCCAAGGUGAAAGAGGACAGCGCGCCUGAGAAUCUUAGUGGUCAAAAUGAGCAGAAAUUCGCCUCGCCGAUCGUCGACGGAAUAGGAGACAGCGUCAAAAGCACUUUGUGGACCGGCAUCGGCCUCUUGGGUAACCUCCUCGACAAUUGGUCUCGAAAGCGCAAGUGA